AUGGCGGCUUCAAAUCCGAUGACGAACAACACAGACGCACUACGUGAUUCAUCGAAGCGGAGAAAGAAGAAGAAAAUGCUAAAGCAAUUUAGCAGCAAUAGAAAUCAGGUGCCGGAAAACAUGAAUAAUGACCACGACGAGAUUACGUCAUGGAAAUCAGAAGAUCGACAGGAAGCAUAUAGCUCCAAACUUUUCGAAGCUCUCCGCCAUCUCCGGCUGAGCUCCGGUACGUCUUCACAUUCUGUUCCGCUUCGUGGACGUGCGGUUCGCGAAGCCGCUGACCGUGUCCUUGCAAUGGCGGCGAAAGGGCGGAGUCGAUGGAGCCGAGCUAUUCUCUCAAACAAACUGAAGCAUAAAUUCAUGAAGAGUAAUCUGAGGCAAAGAGGUGCCAUUGCGACGGCGACCGGUAAUAGUCGGUUUAAGAAGCCGAGAUUGGGUAUUUUGAGGUUGAAGUCCAUGAAUUUACCGGCGGUGAAACGGAAAACACGUGAUCUCGGGAGGUUAGUUCCCGGCUGCCGGAAACAGCCUUUCCCUGUUUUAUUAGAAGAAGUGGCCGAUUAUAUUGCAGCUCUUGAAAUGCAAGUUAAAGCCAUGGCUGCACUCGCUAGCAUUUUCUCAGCCGGUUCUAGUUCUGGCCCUGGCUUUGCCACCGGAGCCGUGAAUCGAAAUCAGCUCAGUCUUAGCCGGCCACCACCAAGCUCAUAA